UCACGAGAAAAAUGUUUUGUGAAAUAUCCAAUGGGGCAAAUACCACCCCGUGCACUAUAAAUACCCUUUAACCUUUCCUCUUUCAUCUUGUUUUCUUCUCCGUUUUUCUCUACCUCCCACUCUCACAAUCCCUCUCUCUCUUUCUAUCUUCACUCCGGCUAUUACUUAUUAGCAUAACUCUCUUUUGCUCUGCCUUCCCGCCAAAACCCUUCUCUGUGAUCACCAAGGAUUCAAGGUUGAGCGUUGAAUUCUUGAACCUUGUUGUUGUUGUUGUUGUUGAUGUGAGUGGAGUGAGAUUUCACUUGAAGCGCAUCCAAAGUUGGCCAUAUUCUCUUCUCUCUUUCUCUCUCUCUCUUGGAAUAUAUCUCUAGAGACGAAAAGCAAAAGUUGUUACCCAUAAAACAUCUUGGUUUUUCUUUCUGCUUCACCACCACCAAAAGUGUUUCCAAACGUCUCAAUUCCCCCCCAGCAUAUACAUCUACUUGUCCACUUUUCCCCCAUACCCUCUAAAUUCUUCUCUUACUCUUUAAACCCCACCCUUCAUGCACUCCAGCCAACACCAUCACACAACAACCUUCCCUCUUCCCUCUCUCACUCAAACAAAAACAUCCUUAACCACUCCAAAAACACUCUUUUAGGCAUGUCCGUACACGCAAAACUGAAGCACCACCCCAUGAACCUAGCAUCCCCAAGUUCCCAUUUUGAGGACGACCCACCAUGCAAAACCAAGACCAAAACCCAAAGGAGGCUCCUUCGGAUCAUAAUCACCGACCAUGACGCCACCGAUUCUGACUCCUCCGACGAAGAACAACAGCAGCAGCAACAAAAAACAAGAAGAGUGAACAGAGAAAUCACCCAAAUCAACAUGCAACUUCCUCUAUCACAUAAUAGUUCCUUUUCCCCUUCAUCUUCUUAUUACUCUUCAGCUUCCACCUCAUCGGAACAAAACCUAAAGUGCAAGAGACCCAACAAAAAGCCGCCACCUUCCUCCGCCGAGGCCCGCCGCCGCAACAAGUUCCGCGGCGUCCGGCAGCGGCCGUGGGGGCGGUGGGCGGCCGAGAUCCGCGACCCCACCCGCCGGAAACGCCUCUGGCUCGGAACCUUCGACACGGCGGAGGAAGCCGCCACGGAGUACGACAGAGCCGCCGUCAAACUCAAGGGCCCCAACGCCGUCACCAACUUCCCCCUCGCGCCGGAGGCUACGGCGCAGUCUCCACCGCUCGCCGCGGACAACCUCAGCUCCGACGGCGGCGCGUCGUACUCGGACCUAGUGGCCUCGCCGACGUCCGUCUUGGCCUACGAGUGCGACUCGACGCCGUUCGACGGUUUCCGUUAUCUCGACGUUGACGCGUUCGGGUUCCACAUCGACGCGCCGUUAAGUUUGCCGGAAGUUAACGUUAACGUUGCGCUGACGUGUCAUCACGGGAAGAAGCAGGAGGAGGCGUUUGAUGAAUUCGAUCUGGACGAGUUCAUGACGUGGCCUUACUAGUGAUAAAAAUCUCAGGGACAGUUUGGUAAAUUACACCCUGUUUGCAUUGCGGAAGUGUGAGUUGGAAAUCCCGAAAUUGCCCCCCUCCCCCUCUCGUUGUCCAAGUUUGAAAUUUUGUCGUACUCGUUGGAGCUUUGGAAGAGUGUAGAGUUGUUGGUACAAAAUUUUAUGUAGUCGCAUUUUACUACCACCUGAAACGGCGAUUCUUUGUGUCGUAUUUGGUAGAGUUUAAUUUGUAGUUAUUAUCAUGAAAAGAAGAAAAAAAAAAUGAAGUGUCAAAACUAGUGAGUGAGAAAAGGAGAAAAGGAAAGAUGGUGUUAUUUGAGAAGGAAGGACUAUAUUGUAAUUUCGGUAUAUAAAUUUUGAUAAUUAUUUAAAGAAACUUUGGUAUUGUCUAUAUAUAGAUCAUGGGUUAACUUAGAGGGGACACGUUGUGAUAAAUUGGCCGCUGAAUCUCAACCAUCAGUGUAUGUUCAUUGUUCAUA